AUGGUGGAUGAAUAUGGUAACGAAGUUGUGGAUUGUGUAUUUCGACCAGAACAUGAGUUAGUGGAUCCAAAUACACGAUACUCUGGAUUGACCGCUGAAGAUAUUGCAAGCAGUGGAACUACGCUGAGUGAUGUCAGAGAGAUCUUAUUCGAGAUGAUCAACUCUGAGACGAUAUUAAUUGGCCAUGCUCUUGAAAAUGACCUCAAGGCACUGAGAAUUGUCCACGAUAAUGUGAUUGACACUUCCGUGCUAUUCUCGUACGUUAAUUGA